UCUCCCCGGGCAGGGCCGUCCCCUUUCUCGGGCCUGUUCCGGGCAAGGCAGGUGCCGGGCACGACCGUGGGAGCGCCUCGGGGUGCUGGGCCGAAGCUUUUGUUCCUGCGGGGGAACUGCUGUGAUGAGAAGGUGACAGGUCACGGGAAAUAAUAACUACUAUGGAACCUUGGCAGCCUUGUAGGUUUGGAAGGCUUAAAUCCAAGUUUGAAAAGGCCUUUUCCAGUCCUGAUGAUUUGCUGGCUGAGGCACUUAAUUAGGAUGGCUUUUGAACAAAUUGGAUUGAACAUGGAAUCAGUGCUUUGGUCAAGCAAGCCUUAUGGUUCAUCUCGAAGUAUUGUAAGAAAAAUUGGUACUAACCUCUCUCUUAUACAGUGUCCAAGAGUUCACUUUCAGCUUACUUCUCAUGUCACGGAAGGAAACAGUCCUGCUCAGCUCAGAGAAGAUGCAGUGGCCUCCUUUGCUGAUGUGGGAUGGAUUGCUGAAGAAGAAGGUGAAGUCUCUACAAGGCUUAGGUCAGAAGUUCGGUCAAAAACAGCCCAGCCUCUUGCAGGUGAAGCACAUCAUUUCAGGAAGUCCCCGCACAGACAGAUGUCCUUGCAAAGCCCAUCAGGAGAGGAACCAGUGCCCAGGAGUGCAGUGAUGGCAAAUGAGGAAGCCCUGCAGAAGAUCAGUGCCCUAGAAAAUGAACUAGCCUCUUUAAGAGCACAAAUAGCCAAAAUUGUAACCUUGCAAGAACAGCAGAACUUGACAACAGUUGGGCAAAACCCACUUGCUUCAGCUGCUGUCCCCGUUCCACCACCACCGCCGCCUCCUCCUCUGCCUCCACCCCCUCCCUCAGGUCUGGAUCAGAGAAAGUCUGCAAUUGAUCUCAUUAAAGAGAGGAAAAACAAAAAAAUGAACGCUGGCCAGAAUAUGGUGGAAAAUGGGCCAAAGAAGCCUGAAGUACCAAACAUGCUAGAAAUCCUCAAAGACAUGAACAGCGUGAAACUACGCUCGGUGAAAAGAUCGUCAGAAAGUACAAAAUCUAAAGUGUCUCAGCCUGCAGAUCCUGCAACAUUAAUAGCAGAAGCUCUCAAAAAGAAAUUUGCGUAUCGCUACCGAAAUGACAGCCAAGGUGAAACAGAAAAAGUGAUUCCAAAGGCUGAAACCAAGACACAGACUGAGGUAGUGCUGUUUGGACCACACAUGCUGAAGUCUACAGGAAAAAUGAAGACUUUAAUUGAAAAAUCUUAGUGUUAAAGAUUAUUCUGCAAAAGACUGUUAAGCUGCUUUGUAUAAAAUAUUUUAUGUUGCAAAUAGCACUAGUACUGAGAGGUUUCUUUCUUACAUCACAGAAAGACCUAAUGUGAAAUGUAGAAAUGAGGCACUAAACAUGUUUGUAUGUAUGUGAUCUAUCAAAGGGAAUAAAUUGGACCAUUAUACUCAGGUAUUAAUUUUGUAUUCAAGCUUGGCUUUCCACUCAGAUUUAUGUGAUGGGUUUAGUUUAUUAACACUAAGUUAUAUAUACAACAUAUACAACAUUUUUUUGUGCAUAACUGACCAGCUUAAAAAUUUGUGUACAUGUUAUUAAUGAUGGUAAUACACCCUUAAGUUAAUACCAGUUUUAUGUGAGGUCUACCUGUAAUUUGCACUACAAUGUGUAAUUUGAUACUGAAAUCUUCAUGUUGAAGUCUUUCUUUUAAACUUAGCUGUAGCAAAUUUUUAGCCCAAAGAAAACCUGGAGGCACUCUGCUUCUUACUGAAACAAAGUUUAAACUUGAACCUGCUGCAGAGGUCACCUGAAUUUUACAUAGUAGUACAGUUUUGUGCAGGGAUUUUGUUUGUUUCACAUUAGCUUGCAAGGGUAAGAGAGUAAAACCUGCUUGCAUCAUCCUGUGGCCAUUAUAAAGGAUAAAAUCAUGCUAUGGGAGCCUCUGUCAAAAGGUAGAGUCAAGGGAAUUUGAAAUAGUCAAUAGAUAGCAGCAGAUUGAAAUAAUAAAGAGUAUGUGUUAAUUAGCAUGAAGUGCUGUAGAUGAGAAAACAAAGGUACAAAGUGCUGUGGGGUGCAAGUUGCCAAAAGCAGCUCAUCUCUUCUGCUCUCGGAGAUGCUCAUGGACGCCUCCUCCCCAGCCUGGCUCCCUGGGUCUGUUUCUGGCAGAUGGGGCUUGCACAAGCCCUUUGCAGGGAAGAGGUGGGAUAAGCUGUUGCCCAUAACCCAUAACCUGAGCUCAUGUCUCCAGCCACAGGUGUAGAAAGGCUCAAGCUGAACGUACAAGUCGGGGUGAAAAAAUCUGUCGAGGUGCACUCUGAAACAAAGCCAGGGGUUGCUCAGACCAUGGAUGAGCAUUGACAAAGCUGAGCCCCGGGUAUUUUUGGUGCUCUAAGCUGAUCCUGGCUACUGGGACAAGUACAAGUGCCUCUGGGAGCUUCUGUUUCCUAGGAAAACACACAAGCAGCACUUCUUUUAAUAAAGACAGCCGAAUGGCUCUGACAAGGUUACUGAAGAUAGGGAAGCUUUGCUGCUUAUAACUGGAAUGUUGGUUGUACAUGGAGGAGCUGCGAGUCCUGCUGUGGAACUUGAAGCUGUGUUAAUACAUACACAAUGUAACUUCCCUCCAAAGUGCUCUGCCAUCAGUCCUACUGAUUGGUCAUUCAAUCCUUCUGUUCUUUUAAGUGCCUUUAAAACACCUUUGUGAAAGUUAACUUUGGUUUUAAGUUUUGUAUUUUAUGCUUUAUUGCCAUUAUAUAAAAUUAAAAGCAGAUAAAAUAAACAUGCCAUAUUUGAUUUGUGGUACUCUACAACUGAUAGCAGGCACAAUAAUGUAAGUUUCCAUUCUGUUACAGUGACUAUAAAUCAGUGUGGUGACAACUCCUUGCAUCUCCUCCAGGGCUGGUUUGCUUACCUUGCUGGGCAGCAGGAGUAACAGCAGGGUUGGCUGUAAAACAGCCCCGCACUGUGCAUUCAGGUUAAACAAACAGAAAGGUUCUCAGGAACCAGUGAGCAGUUUAUGCCUCACCACAGCAAUAGCACAACAGCCUCUCCAUCCCCUGGUACACUCAGUUCCUCUGGCAGUCCAAUUAAAUCGUUGUCUUGUAAAAUUCAGCAUGUCACUUGACCUAUUAAACCAGGCUAAAGCAUGAGAAUAGUCCACACCAGACACUGCCCAUCUGAACUGGGGGAUGCAGCACCAGAAAUUAGGUGAACUUUAGCAGUGAUGUAAAGUUACUGCAAAGGAAAUGUCAUCUCUGCAAGAAAAUAAAAUCUCAAAGUUGCCAUCAAAUAAUUUAUCUUAUACUGUACCUUAAUUUGUAUCUUUUUACUUGAAGUUACACACAAUGCCACUGCCCACCAAAAAACUCAGGUGCUCAAACUAAGGUCGCCCAUGCAGGCUGGGCAGGGCCCUUGGACGUAACCAGAGGCCUGUUUGUGUCUCUGUGCACAGAACAGUGCUGGGAGCUGAUCUGUGAAGCAAACAGCAGGUUUUUGGGUUCCAGGGGCUGUUAGUGGCCCUGGGCUCUGGGUCCUGUGCCUGGCAGGUGUGGACCCUUCAGCUCUCAUGUGAAAUGCUUAAUCUGCAGAACGUUUAAAAGUUUGGUGGAGAUUUGUAGAAAGGCGCUUCCAGCCAGCAUGAAAAAGGCAUUUUUUCUUUUUUUAAUUCAAGUCCAGUGACAGACACUUCCACAAGCAUGAGGAUGUGGAAUUAGAGCCGGUCUUUCUAAAUCCAGUGUGGUAGGAAAAGACAGAGACCACUUUCCAGGAAGGGUGGCUUAGAACAAAGCU